CACGGGGGCGGUCCCUGUUAUUCCGAGGUGGCAUGAACGCGCCAUUUGAAUGCACUGAUCGCUGUCGUGAUCAUGGAUGUUUUAAGAGAAGUCUCUCUUUAAACAUCUUAAAUGUCGAACCCCGGUUCACUUACCGUCAAGAAACUCGGUCAUUUACCAAAACUGGCGACGUGAUCAGAAAAGACUGCUCAAAUUCAAGCUUGGCCCAGGUGUAUGUGGAGCUGGAUGAUGGGUUUCUGGCAGCCGUUAACCAACCUUAGAGAUUAUGUAUCCCAAAAUCCUCCUGGGGUUACAUUCUUCCUGUGUCUGUUGACUUUGGCUAUCUCAUUUAUCUGCCUCAGCUCUUAUAGCUACACUCACACUCUGCCUAACCCUGACACCGCAAAGGACUGGAACCAUCUGCUGGCCUCCUUAUCUAAGUUCCAGCUGUGUGUGAAAGCCAAUGCAAGUACAUCUGAGCUUGUCUCGCCAGUCCCCUCUCCUCUGAUGGAUAGAAACAUUUCAGUUGACUCUACAAAGACUCCUUCUCUCACCAUGUUGCGUCUCAAGGUUCCUCUGGCUGUGACUACCAACUCAAACAGUGGCUCUCUAAAAUACCUUGGUUUACAGACUGCCUUGAGAGCCAGUCAAUUAUAUCUUGGAGGCAAUGAAAUUGUUAAUGUGACUCUAGAGGUUUUGUCUGGAAAUGAUACCUACACCUGCCUCACCAUUAAUGCCCAAACACACCUCCUGCCCAUGAGCCUACUUCCGCCAGAGUGCCCUGCAUCUGAGAACAACAUUUCACCCAUCCAUGUGGAAGCGAGCAACCAGCUGCCUACAGCAUCACAAACCUGCUACAGUCUACGCUCCAAGAACGACCCUACACUCACAGUCAUGUUAACACCGGUGGAGCAGAGCGUGGCGGUGCGACAUCUGUUGGAAGUCAGUGUGUGUCUGCUAGGAGUUUGUUUGUUACUCUGUGUAGCUGCUAGUCUGACACAUCCAACCCUACGCCGCUACCAUUGGAAUGGACUGGAUCCACAAAAUGAGCCCUUGAUAGACCGCUGAACAUUUUUCAUCUGCUGCAUCCUCAACAAAUCAGUUGGUGUUGGAGAGAGAAGAGUGAUAUGUGUCACUACUUUUUAAAGGGUUAUCCCACCAAUUUGACAAAAGAAAUUGUUUUUCAUGUCUUCUUUUUGGCCAGACCUCCAGACUCCCAUAGUUUUGGUUUAAUCAAUAAUAGUUAAGUUGUCAAUAAACUUUAAUUUACUUCUAUCUAAAAAAAAUGUCAUGGGGAGUUCUGAAUAGUUUAUGAAAACUGUUGUAUAACGUCUUCAGUAGCACUGGAGGGAGCUUGUUACAGAAAUUAACCCUGGUAGUUAUCUUCGCUUGGGAUUGGAGACAAGAUAUUAUGUAGCAUCCAGCGAAGUGAAGAUAUUUAAUCUUCUGCUGCAUCAAUUCUGAACAUUUUUAAUCCACCUCUUCCAAGUUUCCCAACUUUAUGAAAGUACAAUACUUAACCAGUGGAGCAUCCCUGUAAUAGGGGACUGAAGUAUUCUAUGAUAUCCAAGUGAGUAACAGGGUUGUGAUAGAGAAGAGUAUAUUUGUAAUGGGAACAACUUUUUAGCUGGUAAUGCCUACACUGAUGACUGGUAAUACAUUCACUGUACAGUCUCUUAUA